AAGGAUAUGGUUGGGUCUGGACACCAGUCAGGUGAGUCCUGUCUCCAGGGAGGAGGGACUGGGGGUUCAUGUAGAAGGUGAUAAUUAUGAUGACAGCUUGUGACUGUGGGGCCACAUUCUCCAUAUGGCACAUGUGGACAGGAACGUGCCUGGGCCUGUUCAGCUGUGGGAACCCUAUGGGAAGAGCAGGCUGUCCUCAAGGGAAUUGUGAGUUCUCAGGGUGACCAAAUUGUCAUCCAUUUCAAGACACUUUCGAGAAGAGGAGAGGACCAAGGUUGAGUCCCUACACCAGCUCAGAAGACACAAACAAGAUGAAGGAAGACCAGAACUACAAGACAGCAUUCGGAUCCCAGAAUUCCAGGGACACACACCGGCAUGAGAUUUCCUUUCCCUCACAGAACUGGUCCUUGGAGAUGCUGCUACGCAGAUUGAAGGCCAUAGAUGCCAGGAGGGAUGACAAGUUUGCCAGUGUUAUGGAUGCCAUUGGGGAAUUUGGCACAUUCCAGUGGAGGCUGGUGGUCCUCACCUUCAUCCCCAGCAUCCUGUCAACCUUCUUCAUAUUCUCUCAUCACUUCUUGCUCACAGCUCAGAGGCCCUACUGUAACACCAGCUGGAUCCUGGAAGUGGGCCCCAAUCUCACAGAGGAUGAGCAGCUGAACCUGACCCUGCCCCGAGCACCCAAUGGCAGCUUUCUGACGUGCCUCAUGUAUAUACCUGUGCCAUGGGACCUAGACUCUAUCAUCCACUUCGGCCUCAAUUAUACAGAAACAUGCAAAUUCGGGUGGAUCUACCCUUUUGCUCACACCCGUUCUCUGAUCAAUGAGUUUGACCUGGUAUGUGGCAACGAACCAAACAAGGAAAACGGGCUGACUGUGUUCCUGUCAGGCGUCUUGACAGGGUCUCUUCUCUUCGGGUUCUUAAGUGACAAGUUGGGCCGCUAUCCAAUCAUCCUGCUGUCGCUGCUGGGGUUCCUCAUCUUUGGCUUCGGAACAGCCUUUGUGAGCAGCUUUUAUCAAUAUCUGUUCUUCCGCUUUUUUGUGGCCCAGGCCUCCGUGGGCUAUGCCAUCUGCAGUGUAUCUUUAGUCAUGGAGUGGCUGGUGGGCGAGCACCGCGCUCAAGCCGUCAUCCUGCAGCACAGCUUCCUCACCAUAGGGGUCAUACUCCUGACGGGGCUGGCUUACAAAGUCGUCCACUGGAGACUGCUGUGCCUGCUGGGCGGCAUGCCCAUGUUUCCCCUUAUCUGCAAUAUCUGGGUUCUCCGAGAGUCCCCACGAUGGCUGAUGGUGAGAGGCAAGGUGGAAGAAGCUAAGAAGGUCCUGUGCUAUGCAGCUGAGGUGAACAAGAAGACCAUCCCUUUAAAUCUACUCAAUGAGCUACAGAUUUCAGGAAAGAAAGUGGCAAAGGCUUCUAUCUUGGACUUCUGUACCAAUCAGCACCUCUUCAAGGUGGUCUUGGCCAUUGGCUGUGUGUGGUUUACCGUCAGUUACAUCAGUUUUACACUGAACCUCAAGAUGAACGACUUUGGGCUGGACGUCUACUUCGUACAAAUGGUCCGGAGCAUAGUGGCAGUGCCAGCCCGGCUGUGUUGUAUCAUUCUCCUGGAGUAUUUUGGGAGGAAGUGGGCCUUAAACCUGACUCUCUUCCUAGUUACCUCCAUGUGUUUGUUUCUCCUUUUCCUCCCCCAAGAGCCGAAGUCGACAAUAAUCCUGACGCUCAUGCUUGCAGAGUUCAGCAUGGCUGGCACUCUCUCUAUAUUCUUUAUCUACACUGCAGAGCUUCUCCCCACAGUCCUCAGGUCUACAGGUCUGGGAAUGGUGUCUCUAGCCUGGGUGGCUGGAGCCAUCUCAUCUGUGGCCAUCUUCAAACAGACCAAAACACAGCUGCCCAUCUUCUUCUGUUGUCUGUGCUGCGUAUUGGCCUUGUGCUUCUCCUCCCUGGUACCAGAAACGGGAAGCCAGUCUCUCCGUGACAGCAUAGAGUACAAUAUAAGAGAUUCUAUUGAGCCCAAGGAUAGAAAUAAGGAUGUUCCCAUGGUGAUAGCUGAGGAGUCGAUGUCUGACAUUGUGGCUGAUUCUGAAGUGACAAAUACCACGCUCAAUGCCGUGACUUUCAAGCCAGAAGAAAAUAGCCUCCUCAACAUGACCUUGGAGGUACCCAAGAUGGACUUACCAGUCCAGUCCCUUAAGGCCCAGCCUCCCUAGAGCAUUUUGGAUCGGAGGCUGGUAUGGGUAUGGGGCCAUGGAUUCAUGGCCUCAAGUUCUAGACCCAGUCUGGCAUGUGGGAUGAGUCUGUCCUCCUCCAAGGUCAGCCCUCGGGAUCCCAAAAUAGUCCCUUCUGAAGGGGGUGCUGACUUGUGAUUCACUCCAAUAAAAUAUCAUGUUGGUCUUGA